AUUCCAGUAUAAAUACUCAGUCACUCAUUGAAAUCGGCAGUCUUAUAUGAAAAGCGAAUAACAACCAACGUGCCGAUCUUUCAAGAAAUCCUAUUUCUAUGUACAUUACUGACAACAUCUAAUAAGGCAUAAAGGAUUCGAAUAUUUCUGGAUUAUAUACUAUAGGACAUUAUAUAUUUGCAUGCAUUAUUUCCACUGUGUUUGAAAGGAAUUGUUCAACAGCAGGAUUUUGUAAGUCCGCCCUCUCUAGUUUUAUCCAGUUAGCUCCUCCCCCCAUUUGUGACAUCAUAUUCUGUGAAAUGAUUUCGUAUAAGGCCCUCGGAUCUCCACAGAACUGAACAGUCAAUUUGGAAGUGUUUGGAAUUAUACAUCGCAGACGUAACGCAAAAUUUGGUGAAACGUUCCGCCUAUACGGCGUUGUUUUGUCACCAUGGCUUGCGUUCGUCCAUCAUGGAGUUUUACUUUUAUUACGGCCAUCCAUAUUUUGUUGAAUUUAUCUAAGGUCUGUUCGAAUAGUUACUUCGAAAUUAAAAUUAAUUCUUUUUCAAAUGACGCCAAAGUGGACAUUAUUGGACAAUGUUGUACUGGAGGAUUUUCUGUUGAUACCAACCAAUGUAAUUCAUCAGUUUGCAGGACUUUUUUUCAAAUUUGUCUUACAAAUUUCCAAGUGGACAUACCGAAAUCACCCGAGUGCACAUUCGGGCGUCAAGUUACGCCUGUCAUCGGGCAAAAUACUUUCAAUGAUUCGUUUGAAAAUGGAUUUGAGAACCCUAUUAGGAUACCAAUGGAAUUUGUCUGGCCGGGUGAUUUUUCGUUGAUAAUAGAAGCAAUGCAUGAUGUGACGGGGAUGCAUGUCGAAGAAGGUUCCGAAAGAAAGUUGUUAUCGCAAUUAGCAAUGACUGAUGCUAUUGAAGCGUCGACUACGUGGACAAACAAAACGCACCGAGAUCAAAACCAUACUCUGGAAUUUUCUUAUCGUGUAGUUUGCAAGGCAAAUAGAUUCGGGCCUGUAUGUGCUAAGGAGUGUACACCAAGGGACGAUUACUUUUCUCAUUACACAUGCGACUCUGAUGGGAAUAAAGUUUGCUUGGACGGAUGGACUGGGCAAAGAUGUGUCGUUCCUGUCUGUGAAGGAUGCGAGCAUGGCAACUGUAUUACUCCUAAUCAGUGUUCCUGUCAGGAAGGAUGGAAAGGCGAGAACUGUAACGAAUGCAUCACUCACCCUAGCUGCAUCAACGGUUACUGUUACUCAGCAUUCCAGUGCAUCUGCGAGGCCGGUUGGCGAGGAAUCUUCUGCAAUUUCGAUGCAACAUUUUGUACUGUGAAUAAUCCAUGCAGAAAUGGAGGGACGUGCGAACACACUGAUAGUGGUAGUGGAUACCAGUGUAAUUGCCCUGACGGUGUUUCAGGUUCACAUUGCGAGAUCGUGCAACCAGACAGCUGCGAUUGUGAAAAUGGCGGCACUUGUCGGUAUGUUGAUGAUGGUGUCAAAGCAUGUGAUUGCCCAACUGGUUUUAGUGGUGAUCGGUGUCAAGAUGAAGCUACUUGCCCAUGUGUUAAUGGUGGAACCUGUCAAAUGUUUAGUGGUGCUUACCUUUGCCUGUGCCCUGCUGGAUAUUUUGGUCCUACUUGUGACAACUACAAUGAUUGUCUGUCUGUGGACAUUCCUUGUCAAAACGGAGGCACUUGUCUAGAUGGAAAGGACAGUUACUCAUGUGGUUGCCCAGCUGGAUUCAUUGGAGAUUAUUGCGAGACAAACAUUUGUGCUGAUAACCCUUGCCAAAAUGGAGGAACAUGCAAUGGCCAAGCAGAUGGUAUGCGAUGCGAUUGUCCGAUUGGAUAUAGUGGCACCCACUGCGAGUUUGUUGAAAACAGUUGUUUAUUGCUACCUUGUGCUAAUGGUGGAAUCUGUUUUGAUCUUGAGAAUGAUUUUCAAUGUAAAUGUCCUCUAGGAUUUGAAAGCAAGGACUGCAGCGUGAACAUAAAUGAAUGCGCAUCUUCCCCUUGUAAAAAUGGAGCUGCAUGCAGAGAUCUUGUAAAUGAUUUUGAGUGCGAUUGUCCACUGGGGUGGUUCGGAGAACUAUGUGAUGAUUAUGUUACAACAUUCAUAAUUUCGACUACAUUGCCAAGCGACAAGCCUGCAGCGGAAUCAAUUAAUGUUUCCCCAACAAAUGUGCAGAGGAACACUACAAAUAAUUCACUUAUAAGCAAUUUAAGGAGAGAUGACGAGAGUGGACAUACUGCAACAGAUUUGAAGCAAGUUCUGAUCUAUUGUUUUUGUGGACUACUUAUUGUGUUGAUAAUUAUUCUUCUUUGUAUUAUUGUAUAUAGGAAAAAACGUGUAAAUGAUGACACUGAAAAAGGACCAUGUGAUAUUGAACAAAAUAACCAGAAGGUUUAUACAGACAAUUUUACGCAGCAGAAAAAAGUACUGCCCUUAUCUAGCAUAAGUAUUAAAGUUUGCAAUGAAGAAAAUGAUAGUUAUAGUAAAGGAACAAGCAAACAAUUUUCAACAAUAAAAGACUAUGAAAAGGAUAUUUAUUCACAAAAAGUUUUACAAGAAAAUUCAGACUCUUUAUCUGAAAAAAUAUCAAGACAUUCAUACCAAAAAAAAAUUCCUGACAGAAGGAAAAGUGUUGAAGUUUGCCAACCACAAGUUGAUAGUUCUACAGUGCAAAUAACGAUUGAAAAUCAAGAUACGAAAGAAACCAAACCAAUAAAUAUAAGUGAAAAUACAUCUGUAGAGAAGGAGAAAACUACAAAGGCACAAUAUUUAGCUACACAGGUCUAACCAGCUUUGUGUACAAGAGCUUUUGUGAAUUUUUUGAGAAGGCAGAUGUAGAUCCGCUGCUGAUAACUCUGUUCUAGCUCUGAAAGUCAUUCCCAUAGGAUAAUUUAUGCUUUGCCACGGUGCCUUGUUGAAUAUUGAUUCCGUUCCAUGUAUUUCAACUCCUGGAGUUACUAUCUGUAUCUGCACAAUAUUACGGAUAUAAAAAACAGAAUGAGACAUUAGAAAUAACUUAAGGCAAUUGCAAGUUAAACUGCCAAGAAAUAUGUAAUUUUUCUAUUGCAAUUUGCCACUUCUAUUUAUUAUUAAAUUAAUUAGAUGUUAUGUAAUGAAUUUGUACAAAUCUAUCAAAUUUUUCUCUUGAUAUUUUAUAUAUUUUUGUGAUUUAAAAAAAGCACUGAGCCGCAUAGUGUUAAAAAGUACAGAUGUAAAGAAAUUGUAGGCAUUCUAUUUCGUUCUACGUUAUAAGGACCAAAGUUGGGAUUUAAUUUUCCAAUUGAAAACUGAUAUUUAAAAUAUUUAAUAAUUGUUACAAUAUUCAUUGUAGGAAGGAGAGGGGGAAGGUGGGAGAGGAUGAGUGUGAGUAUAUUUUUUCUGACAAAAACUUAAUGAUAGCAGAUGAGAAAACUUCAUCAUAGCUAAGAAAAACCUUUUGUAUAUGCUCUUUUUAUUUAUAGAAAAUAAUGUGCAUUUUGUAUAUACACUGAAAAAAUGAAUUGUUAUUCUCAGAAUUAAAUAUGUGCAAGAAAUAUUUUUGCAAAAUGACAAAACAUAA